AUGUCCAGUACUAGACGCACACAGCCCGAAGUGCUUCCACGCGUAUCUCAAUCAGAUGCUGACCGUGCUAGUCCCUUCUCACGCCAACAGUCUCAAGUCUCCCUACCCUCUCAUGAUCUCCCAAGCGUACCGUUGGGUACAGAAGAUACGAGUUCGUCUCUUGUGUUUGGUCGUGGUAGCUUAGUAGGAAGAUCGUCUAGUCCGCGUUUAGCUACUAACCUCAGUCUGCCGCGGAAAAGGCCAAGACUCUCGCGUGACGACAGAAGUCAGCUUUCCUUGCCCAACCCCGCCUUAGUUGAUCCUGCGCUUAACGACUUUCAUUCUACCCCGAAGUCUGAGGACCCAUCCGUUCCUGAUUUUGCUCUCAUGGCCAGUCCUCCGCCAGUUGCCGAAAAACUGCCGAAACAAUAUUCAUCGCUCAAGCGUGAACGCAGUCCAACUCCAACAAUAACUGACGAGCCCAAGCUUACCGCUGGAGGUGUAGUACGUCUUGCACCGCUUCCGGACAAUUGUCAGAAAACAAAUGCCAACUACGCUUCGAAUCGCAACGCAUGGAUCAAAGAUAUUGUUGGGAGAAUGAAACGUGUGAGCGAUAACGUGAAGAUUCGGAGAGCAUUCACGCGUGAGGAUGGAAUUGCGAUCGACUGGACGAGCAAUAUCCCUGUACACCCCGACAUAUUCUCGGCAAUUUUUGACAAGAACGGAAGUCUUCGGCCAGAUAACUCUGCUAAUUCAGAAAUUGUUAUGGUAGACGACGAAGAUCUUGUCCCCACACAGCAUUCUUUACUUUCCUCAAACCAAUUUGUGCCACUAUCAGCCGUCGUCAAGAGCCAUGUCAUAGGCAUUACGAUGACCGCCGAAAUGGAACCUCAGACACCUCGCCCAGCAUUGGCUACUCGGUCGACGAUCACUCCAGAUGAACAUGUGACUUCUCAUGAUUCUCGUCUCGCAGGUUACGCCGAAGCUCUGGUGCUCCCUCUACCAUCGUCGCAGUCCCUUGCCACGCCCGGUUUACCUAGGAAUAAGCCUCGACUGUAUUCUCAGUCUUCUGCCACGCCCGAUCUGCCUAGGAGUAAACCUCCACCGUUUUCUCAGUCCCAUGCAGCGUCCAUUGACGGUCUGCCUAGGGCAAAGCCUUCAUGGUCUUCUCAGCACACUUCGCUCCCUCUUCCUCGGUCGUCAGGCGCUACACCCAAUAGCUCUCCUGCUGACGUAACGCCGUCAAACCAAGCUACCACUGGAGAUAAGUCUCGAACACGCGCUGUAUCACAGUAUUCAAACCAGAACUCGGAAUUGCCAUGCUACGUACCUUCUGUGACGUCUGGUCUGGAUCACAACGCUGAGCCUAUCGAUCCUGUCGUGUGGUCUACACAAGCACAUACCAUUGCAAUCAUGACGGCUGAACAUAGUGCAAUCAAAGAUCAUUUCAUGACGAACAAGGUAACUGAUACUGAGAGAAGGCCUGCAUGUGCACAGGCAGUACUGGAUCCAUCGAUAAAUGACUUUGAUCCAUUGGCAUUCUUGGCAGCUGGUCAACGGCCCAUUAGGUAUGCGGCAAUUUCGCGGGAUGCUCUGCCCGAGACGGGCAAUCUACUAUCGCGAGAACCCGUGCCCUCUAGUCUAGCGUCGAAUGCGAAGACAGAUCCAUUGUUCUUAGAUUCCAUUGCACCGGCUGAGAAACAUAUUGACUUGAAAACUACUGUUAGCAACUCCUCAAGACGGUGCGUUCGUUAUGCUGCUGUCCAUGAAAUUACGAUUGAUCCUUUUCCUGCUAUUACUGUCAAAUCUACCAGUCACUCUAGCACUGACCUAUCUUAUGAAUUCGUUGAAGUAAAAAAGCAGGUAGUGGAACAAACAGGAUCAUGGAGCUCGAAUCGUUCGCCUGGAGCCCUACAAACUACAUCCUCCGUAAUAUCUCCAAAUUUGAAUGCGCUUGCUGCGAAUACUUCAACAAUAGGACCAUCUACUGGCCUGUUAACGCAGCCUUACCUAUACGAGCACACGCCGAACGAGGCAGUAGCGGACAAUCAACGUAUUUCUGGGUAUGACUCGCCCCCCAAUGGAACUGAAGGCAGCUGUCUCUUGGGUACCCAGUCGAACAUCUCGAGGCAUGAUAUCAAUUCUUCAGCGUGCGUGGUAGGUCCGAGACCUACGGGCUCGACGACGGUCUCAUCAAAGAAGCGCAACAUCUUCGCGGACAAUAACACGUCGUCUCAGUCGCGUACCAUGCUUACAGAAUCCGCGUACACUCCUGCUGUAGAAGAGAAGGAGGAAACUGUGACACUUGAGCUCACCGCAUCGAUGAAGGAGGGAAUGAAUUUUGAAGCUGCCGCUGUUGAGUUUUUGAAUAGGUAUCUCUUGACAUUCAAUAAGGAUCGCUCGCUACUUGCUGGCGCAUACUCUCGCUUGGCGACCUUUUCGGUGCUUUAUCACGACCCCUCGGGUCAAUUCUCGGCGCUUUCGGGUCGCAACGUUUCCUGGAGAGACAAUAGCAAGCUGGAUAUCUUCAGACAGGGCAGACCAGAAAUCAUAGUGAAUCUGCUGUCAUUACCGGCUGAUAAGUUCGGUGUGGGGGACUGGGCGAAGGUCUAUUACGACGUUGUGUCCCUCCACGAUGCCUCAGUCUUGUUGAUGUGCUAUGCCGACAGCGAGGUCUCAAAUCAGUCUUGCGACCAACGAUUUGUGCUUAGGCCGCGGGAGUGGGACGAAGAAGACAAGUACGCAAAUUGCUCAUCUUCGUCGUUACAUCAUUAA